GUGUCACGCAAAAUUAAGUCAUUUAAACAACAAGUGAAUGACUUUGUUUCCUGCUUUUCUUCUGCAACUACGGGGCAUGAGCGCGCCUGAAUCAAACACAACGAGCUCCGCGGCGCCCGACUCUGGCUCCGGCUCUGGCUUUGUCCCCCAGUCUUCAUUGUACAACGACUGCGUAACUUGUCGUAUCAUAGGAAGCGGCGCGUUCGCUGCCACCGGCAUCUAUGCGCUGAGAAUGGCCCGUCCCAGCGCACCGGGGAGUAUGAUUGGCAAAAGGAUUAUGGGUGGACUGGGAGUUUGUUUUUUAGUGGGGAGCGCGCUGAGGUGGCGAAUGUGAAGCUAGGUUGGGGAACCCAUCGAAUGCUGCCUACACUGUGGUAGUACACAGAUAUAGCCUGACAUCUGAAUCCCGCACGUUCACUUCCAGAUGAGCGACAAAAAUGAUUGCUCACUGAACGAUGAUCAACUGUAGCCUAGCUUUCGACUCUCACUAUCAUUGGCAGCAUAACCUGCGUGACUGGCUCUAUGCAAAUUGAGAGAAUUCGCGUUUCGAAGGUCAAGCCUUGAUGAUCCGGUACGAGAUUUGGAUUUGUAACAGCGACUAGCUACCGCUAU